GCUAUAAAUGUCGGGACACGAGUUGUGUAAACUUUUUUUAAUGAGGCUUACGUAUCGGUCGUCCGGACUGGGCGCAUAGCGUUAUAUUAUCUCGGAUUUUUUCUUGAAACUGUCGGGUUUUUGCCGUUCCUGAGUUCUAUUUCUUUCGAGGAAAACUGUUUUGUGUUAAUAGUGUACGUUUUGCGAGAUUGUGGUAUGCGCCAGUGCGUGACGACCGAGUCGAGAUCACCCAGCCUGAUUCACAUUAAUUAUGUGAACGGUGACGAACCAUUUUAAGUGCGCGAUAACACGCCCGUUGUUCUCGGACAUCCAGGACAUUUUAUUAUUAGCCUGCAAAGAACUCAAGUGCGAUGCAUAUGUGCCGCUAAUAUAAAAUCAAUACUGAGUGAACUGUUAAUCCUUAGUGAACUUUACACUGUUUUUAUUACCUGCAACAUAUUGUUUGUCGUCAAAUAUUAAUUGAUAACCGUGUCGUUCAGUUUCGUUGGACUUAUUAGUAACAAAAAAAAUAUUUUUAACAAAAUGCUAAACUUGGCGGUCGUUUUUGAAUCUAGUGCGUGGUGCGUCCACUAGGCGGCGCUGCUCACAUAAAGACUUCGUGCGCUUGCGUGAGCUCAGUCCGCGCGAGCUUCGCGUCGUUGCAGUAGGUUCCAAAACAAGAGCGUAGGGCUCCGUGGGAGUCCCAAAAAUAAUAAAUUAAAUAAUCCCCGUGCUUGUAAAAGUGUCGCAGUGCAGUGUGCCAGUGUUGUGUUGUUUGGUGAUAGUGACGCGAAGCGGAGCUCGCGGCUCCGCCGUGUCGGCGCGGAUCGAUACGACGAAGUGGUAUGGCGCAGAGGACAUGAGCCAAGGAGGCUCAAGGAGGCCCUACUCGCGCGGGGGCCCGCGUUGGCACCCGCGCUACAAGGACUACUGGGACUACGAACAAAACUAUAGCGAUGGCAGUAGCGCCGGCAGUCCAAAAGAGGCGUGCGUUGCCGCGUCUCCUCCCCCUGCGCCCGCGCCGGUCAAGCGGGACGUCCGUCACCAUCAUCAGCACGUGUCGCACCAACAUGGACCCCAUGGACCUCAUCAGCAGCAUAUGCAUCAUGAGCAGCAUUCGAGGCCGUUGAGUAUAGGCGGUGGAGCUGGUGGGUCACGGCGCGCUGAGCGCCGCGCCGCCGGUCCCUCCGAGCGACGUCGCACAGAAAUGCGCGUGAGUCCCGGAGGCGCGGGUCCAUCGGCAGACCCGCCUCACAUGAUGCAUCAUCAUCACAUGGACACGAACCCUCUAGAAGGUUCAGUGGAAUCGAUGGUGAGCGGAGCCGGAUCCUCGGAUGGAGAACUGUCGUCCAAGGCCGGAGACAGCCCCAGCCGGAAGAGGAGGCGCAUAUCCAGACAUUUGUCAUCAGGAGAAAGCAACGUGUCGGUAUCGGCGCCCGCCGUCGAACGACGCACUCCCAGACACCAUUAUCAACCACCCCGGCGGAUGCGAUACGUGAACAACGGUGCCGGCGCGUGGGCGGAGCGACUGCUAGAGCCUCACGCUCACCAGCCGCAUCCCGCCCACCCCGCGCAUCCCGCGCAUCCCGCCCAUCCCGCGCAUCCCGCGCAUCCGGCGCAUCCGGCCCAUCAUACGCAUCAUGCGCAUCCCCAUCAUACGCCGCUGUUGCUUGAUAUUAACCAGAUGUCAGUACGCGGCACGCGGCUCGGCGCGCUGGGUGGCGUGGGCUGGCAUCCGCACGCGCACCGCGACCACGCGCAGCGCACGCAGGUGGCCGCGGGCGGCGUGGGAGCGCCCGAGCUCUGGGGCGCCGCCGUGCUGCCCCCGCUGCCGCACCUGCGCUACCAGAUGGGCGGCGUGUAUGCUGGCCUGCAGUAUCACGGGAGCUUCGCCCCGCCGCCUCCGCCCCGCGGGCCUUUCGCCUCCCCGCCGCACCCUCAUACGCAUUAUAUUGCUAAUUCUCAGCGCGCUGAAGGUGGUCGCCUAGAAAUGGUGGGCGGCGGAGAAGGUACUCUUUCACCUCUACAACCUGCCACGGAUCUACACCAUGCCCCAUUACUGCUCGCCACUGAGGCGCGCGGAGCCCCACUGGAGCUGAUGGCGCCCCAUCACGCGAGACAUGCUCUGUCACAUCACCACCAUCGUCGCAGCGGCGGUGGCGUAGGCGUUGGCGUGGGCGGCGGCGUAGGCGUGGGCGUGGUGGGCGGCGGCUCGCGGGCGCGGCCCUACGUGCGCCACGCGGCGCGCUGGCCGCAUCAUCCCAUACACCAUAUACACACGCAGGGUGGCGGCGGCCUCGUCGGCGCAGCGUUACCGGCACAUGUGCAGGCGCAACUGCACGUGGCACAACCGCUGUCGUUACCCCCUCCACCGCCUACAUACCAGCCGAGCCAGGCUGAACCUCUGCUGCAAGGCAUGAUAUCGCAGGCCACGCGAGCUCUGUCGCAUCAGGUGUUCCUAAACCUCCUAGCAAUGUUCCCUCUCUCUCCCUACGCGGAAGCCCGAACCACAAACGACGAAGGGACGGACUCAACGGAGCCCGAAAACUACGAGGCCUUACUGUCCCUCGCGGAACGCCUCGGGGAAGCCAAGCCGCGAGGCCUCGCGCGUCACGAGAUCGACGCGCUGCCGAGCUACAAGUUCGCUGCGGCUACGCAUAGGGGCGAACAGACCAGCUGUGUGGUGUGUAUGUGCGAGUUCGAGUCCCGGCAGACGCUGCGGGUGUUGCCGUGUGCUCACGAGUUUCACGCCAAGUGUGUCGAUAAGUGGUUGCGGUCAAACAGAACGUGUCCAAUUUGCCGCGGCAACGCGUCAGAAUACUUCAACAAUGCCGAGUGACUCGACACACAAACGCACAGACGGACAAAUUGUGCACUGCUACUCGUCAUCAUCUUCGCACCCGGAUAAAUGGUCAUUGCAAGUACGACUCGUCAUCAUUGUGACGAACUUUGCAACCUACUCGUCAUCGUCGUGGCCAGAUAACUUGUAACUAUGUUAUAUGCGUAAGACACAAGUUUUGCAUACUGUUACUGCGAUGUGACCAGAUAACUGGACAUUGCGAUACCUACACGUCAGCGUGACGAAUUCUGCAAGUCCUACUCGUCAUCGUCGUGACCAGAUAACUUGUAACUAUUUUGUAUGCGUAAGAAACAUCUAUAUUAUGAUGUAGAAGUGACAAUUUCGGAGAUCCUUUUUAACACCAUUUUUAC